GUUCGAAGAUUUUAACUACCUAUGGGCAUUCACCAAGGCGUUAUCUGAUCAUCCGUAUACGCACAUAUCGUUCUUCAUAAUUUCAUCAAAAAGCCUUCAUCUCGAACUGCAUAGAUAGCAGCAUGUUGAGAAAGCAGCUAUUGUGAGAAAUAUGCCAUGCAGCGACGUGGUUGACAGCAAAUCAUGGUCUUCUAACGGAAAAUGUCCCGAAACAAUAACCUCAUGAAUGCAAACAUGUUUGGACAUUUCUUUUUAGCGUUUUCUCACAUUCGAGGUGUCGCAACGAGUGGUAUAUCAAUCUGCGCGUGAGUACUGCGCAGUCGAAGUCGCGUAUCAAUAUCAAUAUCAUAUUCUGGACCUUCUGAUUCACUAGUUAUCCGCAGGGAGAUAUCAUUUCUGUCACACAGCCCUCAACGAGUCUUGUGAAUAAUGUUGAGUUUUCAAAGUGAGAUUUACCGAAUCGUUGUUUCCAACAGUGAGGAUUCAGAGUUUGAUUGGCAAAUCGUAUUCACUUUUGUAUUCAAUGGAGGCAACGCGUAUGUUGAUGGCACAGUUGCAUUGAUAUCUACCAUACGCCUCAAUGAGCUGGCACUAUUCAGAUUGAUUGUAUCUUUUGUAUGGGCUUUUUCUGGUCGGAUCAAUAAGGUUGUGAGCCACCGCUCCAAAUAAAGCAAUAUUCUCAUUUCGCUUCAUUACUGUGCCACUCAAAGGAAGCACGUUACCUAAUCAGUCCAGCAUAUUUCAACUCCGUCUAGGAUUCUAAGUUUCAAAAAAUAAUAGGAAGACGAAGAUAAUAAGCACUGCUUACAAUUGUUUUCGUGAGCCGUACCCUUUAUUUGCCUUGAUCCCUUUCUCUUUUCUUUUCCCGCUUGUUUCUACCCAAAAUCAAUCUCAAUUUGUCUGAAAUGUUUUCGAAAAAUCUUAGACUAAGGCUGCUGGCCUUGGUGUCAACGAGUGUCUUGUUAAACUCAGCAGUAGCGGCGACAGUAGAUGGCUGUGGAGCAGUUUCUAAUGUCAUCAAGACACAUAACCAUGGUCAUCCAACAGCAAGCACCCAAAGAUUCAAUGCUUCCCUUGCUCUUCAAUGCCUUCAAUCUGUGCCCUUGGAUGUACAGCGCUCAUCAGAUUUUGUUGAUUAUAUAGAGCCAUUCUGGCAGUUCCAGAGUACCCUAGCCUAUCUCAAAGACCCUCCAUCAAGCUACCCGCUACCUGGCGCUGAUAUGCUAGGAGGUCUAGCUGAGAUUAAAGAAAAUGUUAAUUCGGGAUAUUAUGCAAACCAGUGGGAGUUUGAAAAGGAUCUCCAUUCUUUGGGAAACAUAUUGCCUCAUGAUUUUCACGUCAACUUACCUCUUCCCCUGAUGAGCGUCUUCUCCUUCGGUACGUCAGAUGGACCAAUAGUAUCAAUAUCAUCCGACGGCUUGGCAAUGCCAGAGAUAUAUUUCAAAUAUGAUCUUGACAAGCAGAACAACAUGACACUAUCCAAAACAGGUAAUUGGACAGCAUCACCACUAAUUAAAGUCAAUGGCCAAAAUGCCACUUUAUAUCUUGAAUUUAUCAGCCAGAGUACGAGUGUCUAUCAAGAUAACGAUGCCAACUAUAAUCAAAUGUUUUAUUCAAUACCGAAUUUGGCGUUUUUCGGAAGCAGUGGAAUGUUUACGUCUGGAGCAUAUAUUUAUGGAUUUUCGGCCGAUGUUAUCCAGUAUACUUUCGCCAAUGGAACCAGCAUAAACGCAGAAAUUUAUGCAUCAACAAGUCUCAAUUUUACAUCCAUAUCAUCGGGACAAGAUCUAUUCAACGCUGUAGAUUUACCGGAAUCAGAAUCAACCUAUUCGAGUUCCUCAGCCUCGGAUAGUCGACAGAGUACUAAAACUAAGACAGCAGCAAGAUCAAUUACAUCACUUACAGGCUAUCCCGAACCAAUCGUUAUGCAUCCGGACGGCUAUACAAGCGGAUACUUUUUCGAAGAUACCAAGACUGCAAUUUUAGCAAUGCAGGGAUUCAUCGACCCUUAUCAGAAGGAUGGCAAAGCAGCAGCCGAACAACAAAGAGUGAUUAGUGAGUUUUUGGCUGAAUGUCAGAAGGCCAAAAUGGAAUACUUGAUCGUGGACGUACAAGCAAAUGGAGGCGGUGAUUUAUUCAGCGGAUAUGAUGCUUUUAAACAAAUUUUCCCAUCUUUGGUUCCAUUUGGAGCAUCACGAUAUCGAGCCACCCCGCUGGUCAAUUAUAUGGGUACCAUAUUUACUGGUGCCGGAACUUACGAUGCCAGUCAUGAUUAUCUCUUUCAGGCACAAUCAGAGCUUGAUGGCAAUGGGCAGCCAUUUCAAAGUUGGAAUCAGGAAGACCCUAAUACACCGAUCUAUGGUGAUAACUUUACUGCGGAACUUCGUUACAACCUUUCAGAUCACGUCACGAUGUCCCAAUCAGGAGGCAUUAAUAUCACAGGCUACCUAGAUGAAAGCAACCCUCCCCCAGCGGUGUUCAAUGCUUCGAACAUUGUGAUGCUUAUGGAUGGCGGUUGCGGCUCCACGUGUGCUAUCUUUGCCGAGAUGAUGAAAGCUCAAGGUGGUGUACGAAGUGUUGUCGUUGGAGGUCGCCCCCAACCAGGUCCUCAGCAAGGAGUAUGUGGUUCUAAAGGCGCCCAAGUAUUGACCUACAAUGGCGUCGCAUCUCAUCUCGAAGCUCUACCAGACGCACAAGCAUCAUAUCUUCAACAGGGACUCGAACUACCCGACUACCCAGCUCCAGAGUACAUCCCUAACAUCAAAGCCAACGUAUCUCUCGGAUCCACAUCAAGACUAAUGUCCGGCGGCCGUUUCAACCUUCGAAAUAACAUGCACGACGACGAUGAAACAUUCACACCCCUGCAAUUUCAAUACGAAGCUGCCAACUGUCGUUUAUUCUAUACUAAAAAUGAUAUCUAUGAUAUCACCGGCUUAUGGAUGAGAGUUCAAUCAGUGGUAUGGAGAGGCCAACCUUGUGUUUCCGGUAGUGCCAUUACCGAUGACGAUACCAUGCCAUCCGGCGCCUACGACACCGUACCAUUUGGCGAUUCCGCAUUACCGAAUGUUGAAUUGCCAACUCAGCCAGGCUUGGUACCCAUUGGGAAGGGAGUCAAGAGUUGGGCUAGCGAGAGUGGAAAUCGAGAAGAAACUGCGCAGAAAGCUUUUGUGGGGGCGAUUUGGAACGGAUUACUAUAAUUAUUUGGGGAGUGCAUGGAAUUGGGAGUUUUACAAUGAGAACAUGCUGGUCUGCGUUAUGGGUGUUGAUAAAUGCAUAUGCGGGGCGUUUUAGAGAGAAUUUUCUAGGGAUAGAGGGAAAUUGAUUGAUAAUAUUGCAUCGGAUAUGUAUCCAGCGAAGAUGUGGGGAGUAAUGGCAUCAUAGGGGUGUGGCUUUAAUACUAGUUAAUCA